AUGGAGAAUUUUAAUAAGAUAUUAAAUGAUGUUGAUAAAAAGGGAGGUGCCAUACUGAGUUGGAAAGGUAGGGAGGAGAUGAAAGGGAUGCUUCGAAGAUCAUGGACCUUUAGUACUGGUUUUGUAUCCGUCACACAAAGGAGGCAAGGGGAACUCGAGAUUCGGAAGCCUAAUAAAAUACAAGGCAGCGGACGAGAUAGUGAACAGAAGUUGGCAAUCGAUCGGAUCCAUCGAUUUGGGAAUCAAGGGAGUGAUGAAGAAAAUGGAAGUGAUAUAGAGGAUUGGACACGAGAAUGUGGGGUUAAGAGAGGAAAUCGAUAUGUUGAUGGAAGAUCAAAGGGAAUAUUGGGAGAGAAGGGCAAAGUUGGUAUGGGCUAUUGA